CAGGUGGAGGACAACCUGCCGCCGCUCAGGGCGGCGUCAGCAGCCGUGGCAGCGGCAGCGGCGCCUGGCGGCGCCGCUGCCGCCGCCGCCGCCGCGGCUGCUGCCUCCUCCUCCGCCGGCCUGGUCCUGCAGUCCAUGGAGGCUGUCAACCGGCUGAGCAAGGGCUUCCGAACGGACAUGGUGACCCGGCAGCGGCCGCAGCUGGCGGCGCUGCUGGUGCGUGCGCUGGAGGUGGCGGUGGCGGCGCCGGCUGCUGCGCCCGCCAACAAGCUGCUGCGGGCGCGGUUCAUCAGCUUCGUGCACCGGCUGGUGGAGUGCCUGGGUCCCGCGCUGCUGCCGUACCUGCCGCCCGCGCUGGAGGUGCUGCUGUCCACGCAGACAGACGUGCAGGACAUGGUGGACCUGGUGAGCCUGGUGAACCAGCUGCUGGCGCGGUACCGCGAGGCGCUGCGGGGGCUGCUGGAGGCGCUGCUGCCGCCGCUGGUGCUGCGGCUGCAUGCGGCACUGGGGGCGGACUGGGACUGGUCGGGCAAGCUGGCCUCGCCCGCGGCCAUGAGCCCCGCUACGGACGGAGCUGCGGCCACCCUGGAGGACGCUCGCGAGCGCGGCGAGCUGCAGCGCGCCUACUACCUGCUCCUCUCCGCCAUCACCAGCAACGCAAUGAGCGGCGCGCUGCUGCAGGUGCCGCCCGGGGCGCUGGAGGCGGCGGUGGUGGGACUGACCCGUGGGGCGGCCACGCAUGUGGACGCCAACGUGCGGCGCACGUGUCUGCAGGUGUUCUCCCGCCUAGUUGGGGACUGGUGCGGGGCACCGCCGCAGGGGGCUGCUGGGGCUGCUGGUGGUGCCGCUGCUGCUGGAAGUGCGGAUGCCGCUGCCGCCGCCGCCGGCGCUGCUGCCAGUGCUCCUGGCGGCGAGGUGGUCCCCGGCUUCCGUCGUUACGCGAUGGAGCGGCUGGGCGAGGAGGCGUGCAUUGUGGGGCUGUUGCGACCGGCGGUGGGGGCGGCAGCGGUGGCUGCAGGGGGCGGGGGUGGCUCCUCGGGUCCGCUGCUGGACGUGCGUGACGCGGCGGUGCUGCACCUGCUGGGGGACGCGGCGAGCGCGCUGAAGCUGAUCUACGCAAAGUGCGGAGAGGAGUUCCCGGCUCACCUGGUGGGUGCGGUGCUGCCCGCGCUGGGUCUGGCGGCCCCCGCGCAGCAGCAGCUGGUGUACCUGAUCCGCGAGGGCGAGGUGAAGCAGCUGCGGGAUUACCUGCGCGCGCUCAUGACGCAGGCGCAGCAGCAGCAGGCACAGCAGCAGCAGGCGCAACAGCAGCAGCAGCAGCAACUUGCGGCGGCAGCGGCUGCCGUAGGGAGAUGAUGUGGCUCAGGAGGUGUGUUGGUAGGGGCACAUUGUCAUGCUUGUUUGGGCGUGUGAGUAGUGCUUCGCGGGCUCGGUAGGGCUUUGUGUCGUGGUUGGUUUACGGGUACGGGUACCUAGUUGUAGACUGCUGUGCAUGGGUCAAAGAGGAAAAGUUGGUGUGCGGAUGGAGAUGGGGGCUUGGGGCUGUGGAAGGGCUCUAGGGGAGUGUUUGUGUCAUGGGGUGCGAAAGCUGCCGGUCAGUUGGGCGCCUGGCGAAGCGGCUUGCAGGGUGGAGAGGCUGUGUGUGCUGCCACAGCGUAGAGACGGUUUGCGACGGUCUGCCGCAUAGAGCGGGUUGGACGAGCCCUGCAGUCUGGCGUACGGCAGCUGGUUUAGUGCGGGUCGUACGAUCCAGCCGGCAUUGCGGUUCGCCAUUCUGCGCCGCUUUAGGAGGCGAUCUACAUGUGAGAUGGCACUCGGACGAUAGGGUGAAAUGGAUAGAGUAGACAGGACGGUAGUGUGCCUUAGGACGAAGGAAGGACGAAGAAAGCUGGGGCUUGAUUAGUGGUAACUGUAGUUAGGGUUACGGCUGUUGAGGAGAAUAUUCUGGCACGUAUCCUGGCAUGUAGACGAUUACCACUAGGGUAACGGAACCAAGUGCAGAGGUCGGUGACAUGGCGAGGAUGCAGGCUGGCGGGUUGCUGCUUUGGGGCUUGAAGAGAGACGUACGGCAUCUAGUGAUGACGCGGCAUAGCGGGAUGUUGGCGACAACUUGCAGCAGCAGGCGGAGCUGCCGGCUGCAGUCUGCGCAUGCAGGGUGCGUGCGCCGGGUGCUUGGGUGGCGUGUUGGUGCCAGUGACGGGAGGGGUCAAAGUAUCAUGCAUGUCGUUGUGUGCUGUUGUGGAUGUCAAGAAGACUUGCAUGUCCGCGCUCAGGAUGCCUAGUUGUGCGGCACCACGGGGUGACAUGGCUUGCGUGUGCCGUUGCUAGCUGGGGUGGCUUUGUCGGAUGCCGGUCACAUGAAAAGGUCCAGGCGCAACGUGCUUGCAGUGGGCUCCGGUGGGUCAGCUGGCACAGGUUGCAUGAGCUUCCCUCUAGUGCUAUUGUGCGCUGUAUUUUGCACGGAUGAGCGAAGGCAUUGCACUACAUAGCUUUGCCCUUCAUGGUUUCUUGGUAAGCAUGGGCGGUGUUGCCGUCGGGCGCGCAACGGCCAAAGUCAGGCGUCACUGGCAAACUUCCUCGUGUGCAAUGCCAUUGCUGCAAAGCUAUAAGACGUGCAGGUAGGUCAGGGUCAUUUGACUGUUGCAUGCUUCGAUACGUAUCUUUGUGCCGUAUUGUGGAGGGAAUGUGCCAACCCCCAACCGACUUGGCUUAAAUAUGAGUCGCGUCGUAAGGAUCAGUGUUCAUAAGCACACAGUAAGCGCUAAACAGGGCCUGCGCUGGUGCAAAACGCCUUAGCUUUCGGUCAUCGGGGCAGCGCGCUCUAUUUGGCGACAGCUAUUUGCUUUUCUGCAUACUCUGAACUAAUACAUUCAAGUAGCAAAGCCUUGCAACACUCGCGUUGUGCCAGGAGCUAAUAGCAGUGCUAAAGGGCAAAAGAACCCUAACAUGCUUCUCCACGGCUCGUCCAAGUGCUUCAGGCUGAGCGGAAGGCAUCCGUCAACGCGAUGGGUCAUGCCGGUUGGAGCGCGUGUUCCUGUACAUGUUCGAAUGCCAGCAUGUCGGUACCAGGCGGAUAAGGCACAUCCUACUGAGUCUACAUCAGACAUCGGCGCAGGUUACACAGUAUCAGAGCCAAUUUCCGACAACGGCACAGAAAUAGUGCAAGACGACCUAGCGGAGCUCCUGACGUUGCUACCGGAGGACAUCCGCGAGCCGUUAGUCAACCACCCCCAACGAGCUAGCCUUGUGGAGGUGGUGUUGGACCUGGGUCGGCAGCCCGAGGCGCGCUUCCAGGGUAUUCCCGCGGGGGAGUACCUGCGGGACACGGAGAUCACCGCUGCGGAUCUGGAGGCGGCGGUGGCGGCAGUCGGCGAGUUCGGCGCUGACAACCGCGCGGGGGUGCCUGGCACGUUGCACCGCAUCUCAGCCAUCCGCAACCGGCGGGGGGCUGUCAUCGGGCUCACCUGCCGCGUGGGGCGAGCGGUGAGCGGGCACGUGUCCAUGCUGCAGGACCUGAUUGAGAGCGGCCACUCCGUGCUGCUGCUGGGGCGGCCGGGUGUGGGCAAGACCACCGUCAUCCGGGAGAUGUGUCGUACUCUGGCGGAUGAGUACCGCAAGCGGGUCGUCAUUGUGGACACAUCGAACGAGAUCGGAGGGGACGGCGACGUGCCGCACCCCGCCAUCGGCGGUGCUCGGCGCAUGCAGGUGGCGGAUGCCAGCCAGCAACAUGCGGUCAUGAUCGAGGCCGUUGAGAACCACAUGCCCCAAGUGGUGGUUGUGGACGAGAUCGGUACGGAAGCCGAGGCGCUGGCCUGCCGUACAAUCGCCGAGCGGGGCGUGCAGCUGAUCGGUACGGCACACGGGUGCCUGCUGGAGAAUCUGAUCAAGAACCCCACCCUGUCGGAUCUGGUGGGCGGAGUGGCGGCGGUGACGCUGGGAGAUGAGGAGGCGCGAACGAGGGGGACUCAGAAGACGAUCCUGGAGCGCAAGGCCCCGCCCAGCUUCCCCAUCCUGGUGGAGAUGCGCGGCCGCAACUUCUACGUGGCUCACUGGGUGCAGGAUAGCGUGGAUCAGCUGCUGCUGGGGCGCAUGCCGGUGGUGCAGGUUCGCGAGCGCGACGCCGCCCAGCCCGCGGGUCUGCGGGUCAGCGAGCUGCCGUACGACCAGGUGCCCGACCCGGAGCGCACCUCGGACCCGGCGCGCAACAGCUGGGACGAGGACUACGAGGCGGCUCUGCGGGAGAUGCACGGGGGCAGCUCCGACCCCUCCGCCACCCGCUUGUGGAGCCCGGGGAGGGUCCGAGGGCGGGGCAGCAGCAGGGACGGAAGCGCCUCGGGCCCCGCCCCCGGUGCCGCCUCCCGCUCCUGCUUCGUGGCCCCGCGGGCAGCGGUGGGUGCCGCCGCGUCCACCCCCUCAUCGUCGCUGAACGGAGCUGGCAAGAAGGCGCUCAAGAAGGGCCGGAAGUAAGGGGCAGGACGAGGUUGUGUUGGGGUGUUACCGUGUUAGUAAACUGAGCCUCGAGAGCGGGGAAGGCUGAUCCGACCUGCGCUGACUUGCUUCGUUUCGUCGUGUGGUGUAUGGUGGUAGCGGCUGGUACAGAGCUGUAGCAAACCCUUUCACGAGCGCCUGUAGCAGCCCAGUGGGUAGAAAGCAACGAGCGGCGAUAAGCUGCACCGUGCCCUUGGUACGCGUUGCUGCGUUCUGUUAGCCGUGCAUGGGCGGUUGUGAAGGAGUACGAGAAGUAAGUAGGGGGAGAAGAAAAAAUCCUUAGUAAUCCUGUGUUUGAAUGUUUCGUUGUACGACAAGCACUGCUACACAUGACUUUAUAGUUUACAUUCUACCCAGCUACAGCACACUGUCGCUGUCCCGGUGAUGGUGCGAGAGUGGAGACGGGGGUGGCAACUAGUCAGAUAGCCCUUCACUAGGCUUGAGGGACGACCCAGGGGUCGUAGGAGCCCCAGUGGCAGGGCCUGGAUUUUAGGGUUGUAUUGAACGGCGUGCUUUUGAAAUGCGGCGACAGCGCUCGAAUGACAUUUGCAGUCGCGUGCAUCACAGUUGGUGCCAUGACGGUCCUGCGGCGUCAUGACGGUAAUUUGUACCAUAUCCUGACCCGCGGGUCACUUUGUCACUUUGUAGGAGUCCUUGGUAUGAUGUGGUGUGGUUUGAUAGGUCCCUGGCAAAGCUGCUGUGUUGCAUUGUGGGUCGGUUUUACGGUGUUGGUCGCUCGCUCAGACUGGAGUCUGUCGUGGGGAAAAGGGGGCUCGACAGGAUCGCGAGCCCUGGUGGGUGCUAACGAUACACUGGGGUGCACGUGGCGGUGGUUCGUAGGCGCACGCGUGCUGCCUGGCUAUUGUGCUAACGCUUGAACGCAUGCAUUAUGCACGCGGCUCCAAAUCCUUGUCAGUACGAUUGGAGGUUGGAUUUUGUUGAUCAUGUUGGGUUGAGGAUUUCGUUUGGACGGCCCUUGGGGGCAGGGAGAGUCGAAGAAUUUCUUUGUACUGGUCGACUGUUGCACAUAAUCCCUGGACGCAUGUGCACCGUGUGGCAUCUUUGCUGAUUCAGAUUUGGUUUGGAAUUUGUGAUUUCGUGAUUCCAGUUGUCAUAUCGUUAUUUACUGUACCAUCGGGCCUUAGCUUGGUUGACAUCAUGGCAUGCCUUUGAUGUAUAUUAACAGUAACCGCGCGAUGCCUUGUGCAUUGGCAGCGUGUAUUGUAUGGCACGUGUGCGCAAGGAUUGGCAAAAACGCCAAAACACGUCUGAUUGCAAUAGCGAGGAGGGUUGUGCUAGACGUUUUUCAUGGUGAUGGCCGCUUGCAGUGGUAGCCGCCACUAGCAGGCGCUGCAAUCCAGACCUCCCCUGUAACCUGGUCACAC